AUGUGCGAUGGUCUGGGAAGGCAGUUUAGUUACUCUUGCCCCAACACCACUCUGUUCCAGCAACGAAUGCUCGUAUGUGACCACUGGUACAUGGUGAAUUGCUCCAACUCAGAAAACGAUUACGAUGCCAACCUCCUCAUUGGUCAACGUGAUAAACCGUUUGUGUCUGAAGAAGAAAUGCGUCAGCGCACACCACGACCAGACAUACUCUCUGUACCGCCGAAUACCAACUAUUACGAUGGAUUACGAGAAUCUGAGUCAAAGUUCUCCAUUCACCCUGGAAACAGUAUUGUUGGAAUAGCUGAUUCUAUUUCAAAUAGUAACAACAAUGGUCUCGAUAGUGAUAAACAGAACUACCGACCACCUUCUUCCUGGUCUACAGGCAUCGGUCAACGUUCCACUACACCUAGGUCCAUUAACAAAAAGCAGUUCAACUCCAACAAUGAUUUGAAUACAGAUUUCACCAGUAAUGUUUUUGGUAAUAAACAAAACAAUGGUGACAAUAUAAUAUUUCAAUCAACAGUUCAGACGCCUGUAACAGAAACGACGCUAUCCCCACCGUCUCAAGACCUGAGUUUACCUUUCUUGCCAAAAUCAAAUGAUGGAGCUAACCAAUUAGACAUCAGAAUGACAGACAAAGAUCCAGUAUAUAAUUUCAUUAAUCGAUUUGACCCAAAUUCUCCAGACACCAAUUUAGCAACACCAAUGACAAAGUCUCAAAUAUUGGAUAUAAACAAACAAUUGCCAUCUGGACAAGCUAGCUCCGAAGAAGAUAGGUCAUCACGAGGAAACAAAAACUAUGGCAAUAAAUUCAACGUCGUACGAGGUGAAAAGAAGAAAGGAGAACAAGAUCAAUCAAGAAUUGAUACAAUCAAUUCCAAAUUACAUACUAAUAAAAGCGUUGCAACUAAUUCAGUGCCAGAACCUAACAGAAACUUGGUACCACCAAAAUCAGAAUUUCCAGCUCAGAGUCUGACAACAACUAUGGGUCCGCCAAUUUAUUACCAAUGGAAGUGGGCAGUACCGGCUUUUGAUUUAGAGCCUCCAAAAGUAGGGAAUUUUACUUUAACUGGUACCUCAAAGAAGUCGCCAGGAAAACGCCCAUUUAGUUCUGUUCGUUCAACAACAGAAGCAGCCGAUCCUACACCUAGUAGUUACAAUACAGAAUAUAAUAUAAGUUCAUAUUUCGUACCUGACUACGUAUUCCCUUUGGAUGGUCCUCAUCCAGGAUACGGCGAUGAAGACGCUCAAACAUCUUUCCAAGUUGAGGUAUCAAGACCUGGUAGAUCGAGCUACGGAGAGAAUACUGACUGUCCUCAAUGCCAUCCAGCCUACUUAAAUCCUGGAACCUGUGAGCCAUGUAUAGUUAAACGGUAA